AUGGAAUUAGGAAACAGUUCUGCUUUGCAACAAGAGCUGCUGGAUUGGUGUAAUGAUGCAUUGGUUCAGCCCGAUAAUGCAUUGUUGUUGUUGGAUGUUCCAGCUGAUGUUGAUAUAGCCUUUAUUGAGAGCACAAUGGAAACUGUGAAAAUAUUUGGCAGAGUACGUGUUCGUUCUUCGAAAGAAGGUCCGGCUAAAACAAGUUUGCUGGUGCUGUGUGAAUGUCGUGAAAAGAUUGAUCCUUCUCGGGUUCCUGCUGAUGUAUUACCUAAGGAUGGUGAUCCUGCAUGGAAGAUUGUGGUCGUCAGAGACAAAGAGCCUGCCCCUGAUGACUUCUCUGCAAAACUCAGAAAGCUUCUACAAGAUGAAGGUAAAUCCAUGACUGAUGUUCAAGCGUUGCUUUCCCCUCUCCCUACUAGUUCUCCUGAAGCAGUAAUUCGGGCAGUUGGUGAGCUCUUGGAAAAGACAACAAAGCGUUCUAGUGAUUCCACUGAUUACAAGCGACUGCGUGUUUUCUCCGGUGUGGUGCCUACUCCGGCGGGAGAGGAAACCAUGGAGAAUUGGAUAGAGCAAGCUAAGUUGAUGAAAGCAGAAAGUGAUUGUGCUGAAAAAGAGAAGCGUAAGCGCAUUGUUGAAAGCUUAAAGGGUCCUGCCCUUGAGAUUAUCAAGGCAGUUAGAUUGUCUAAUGGUGAUGCUAGUGCAUCUGAGUACCUUGUUGCGCUUGAAAGUGAGUUUGGGACUUCAGAGUCCGGUGAAGAUUUGUAUUUUGCAUUCAGAUUUCUUCGCCAGAACUCCGGUGAAGCACUGUCUGAGUUUCUCCGUCGAAUGGAGAAGUCAUUGACCAAAGUAGUUCAGAGAGGUGGACUACAACCUGCACAAGUUGAUCGGGUGAGAAUUGAGCAACUUCUUCGUGGUGCGGUAGAGUCUGACUUGAUGUUGCUGAAGUUAAGGCUGAGAGAGAGAAAAGAGUCCCCGCCUACUUUCUUGAAACUACUGAACGAGAUUCGUGAGGAGGAGGAAAAUGAAGUGGCCCGGUGUAAGCUUGACGCAACGGUGAAACCUGUGAUCCCUAAAGCGUCGCCAACACCAAAACCCACUGAGAUUCAAGCAUUGAAAGCUGAGGUCAAGGAGCUGCGUGCCAAGCUGGAAGAGUCACGCAAGGCCCCGGCAUUACCUGAAGCCCCAGAACAGAAAGCAAAGAUGACUUCUGAGAGUGCUGAAGCACGAAUAGACCCUGAA